CUCUCCUUUUCCAAAUCACCACGAAGCAGGGAUUUCACUGGAAUAAUAUUUGAAGAAAGGACCAUGGAUGUUCUGCGCCCACAGCUUAUAAGAAUUGAUGGACGGAUUUACAGGAAGAAUCCCAUCCAAGAACAGACCUAUCAACACGAAGAUGAUGAGGACUUCUAUGAAGGUCCCAUGGAGUGUGCAGAAGAGCCCUGUGAAGCCUAUGUGGUGGUGCAGACCCAGCAAGGUUUCCAGUGUACCGUGAGAGCCCCUAGCCUGCUCUACAAGCAUAUAGUUGGAAAGAGGGGUGAUACCAGGAAGAAACUAGAAAUGGAGACCAAAACGUCUAUUAGCAUUCCUAAGCCUGGACAUGAAGGAGAUAUUGUGAUCACUGGCCAGCAUCGAAAUGGUGUCAUCUCAGCCCGAACUCGGAUUGAUGUUCUUUUGCAUACUUUUAGAAGGAAGCAACCCUUCACUCACUUCCUUGCUUUUUUCCUAAAUGAAGCUGAGGUUCAGGAACGAUUCCUGAAAUUCCAGGAGGAAGUACUGGAGAAGUGCUCCAUGGAUCGUGGGGUCAAUUGCACAAUUUUCCAGAAUCCCAAAAAGCUUCACUUAACUAUUGGGAUGUUGGUGCUUCUGAGUGAGCAAGAGAUUCAGCAGACAUGUGAGAUGCUACAGCAGUGUAAACAGGAGUUCAUUGAUGACAUUACUAAGGGCAAACCUCUGGAAGCAGAGAUGGCAGGGAUAGAAUACAUGAAUGAUGAUCCUGGCAUGGUCGAUGUUCUUUAUGCCAAAGUCCAUAUGAAAGAUGGCUCCAACAGGCUUCAAGAAUUAGUUAAUCGAGUGUUGGAACGUUUUCAGUCAUCUGGACUAAUAGUGAAGGAAUGGAAUAGUGUGAAGCUCCAUGCUACAGUCAUGAACACACUGUUCAGGAAAGACCCCAAUGCUGAAGGCAGGUACAAUCUUUAUACGCCGGAUGGCAAAUAUAUCUUCAAGGAAAGAGAAUCAUUUGAUGGCCGGAACAUUUUAAAGCUAUUUGAGAACUUCUACUUUGGUGCCCUAAAGCUCAACUCAAUUUACAUCUCUCAGAGGUUCACAGUAGACAACUUUGGAAACUAUGCUUCCUGUGGACAAAUUGACUUCUCCUGAUGUGGAUCUUGGAAAGCACUAGAAGCUGAACAUCCUCACGAGGUGCUGAGGAGAACGUCUUUGUUUCAAUGGGAGGGACAUGGAAAUUGGGAUGGUACCUUUCCUGGUGUUUUCCCCAUGGACUCACCAUGGUCUCUGAUGGCUGUCCACAGUUGUCAGACUAUCAGUCAAAAUGGUUGUGAGCACAAGGAGAACUUGUACUCAUGACCCUUAUU